UAAAGUGAAGUAAUAGGUCAAUAGUGCUUACAAUACACCAUUCAAUGAAACUUCCUGUCUCACCUAUCGUGGACAAAAUGUUUUCACGAUAUUCGAAUUUUUGUGUUUCUAAAGUUAAAAGUGCUGCGUUAAAUCGGGCAUACAGCGUUUGUGCAAACAGAUCUUAUUCUGGCGUUGAGUUGGACCAUUUACACCAAGAGAAAAAAUGUGGGCUUUUCUUGUUUAGUAUGGGAAGAAACAAAUGUUGUCAGCGAAGGUCCCUCUCCUCACAAUUUUCACCGGAAAUCGCGCCUCAUCCUCCCAUGGUUUUAAAAUUUCUGUCCGAAAGCAGCCCAGUGCUUUUUGCUCAAGAAAACCUAGUCCUUCUUCACGAUCUGACAUGUCUACCGUGGUGGGCCACGAUCAUUUCUUCAACUAUCAUACUCCGCACAGCAGUAACAUUACCACUUGCUGUGUAUCAGAAUCAUGUACUAGCCAGAUAUGAAAACAUACUUCAAGAAAUGCCUGCUAUUGUAAAGGAAUUGAAAGCAGAGACGGCGUACGCUGUGAAAAAAUUUCAGUGGACAGAAAAGCAAGCAAGAGUAGUAUAUAACCGCUCAUUGCGGAAGCAGUUAAAAAAGUUAAUUAUAAGGGAUAACUGUCAUCCAGCCAAAGCAUCAUUACUAGUGUGGGUUCAGAUUCCAAUGUGGAUUUGUUUGUCGGCAUCUCUGAGGAAUUUGGUGUACAUGUUACCACAGCAUUCAGUAGGUGCCGAGAUAAAUUUUGUUCAACUUACUAAGGAGGGAUUGCUCUGGUUCUCAGAUCUUACUUUGCCUGAUUCAGCUUUCAUAUUGCCAUUAAUUUUUGGCAUGACAAAUCUUGCCAUUGUUGAGGUUGAGCACUUGCAACGUGAAUGGAUAGUUCAAUGCCAACGCAAGGACAAAGUGAAUGUGAAAACUGCACGUGUGUGUUCAGCUCAUUUUCGGCCUGAAUACUAUGAACGGGAUCUGAGAAAUGAGCUUCUAGGGUUACCUUCAAGAAAGAAGUUAUUACCAACUGCAAUCCCCUGCAUAAACAUUCCAAACUGGCAUGGAGAAGAAAUUGUGGAAAGCGGUGAUGCAAACGAAAAGAUUGUGUCACUCUCAAAGGUUAAAACUCCUGGAAAAUUGCAGAAAUUUAUUACAAAUUUUUUCAGGGUUCUUACAAUAGGAAUGACUGCAAUAGCAACACAGGUGCCUUCUUGCUUAACAGUUUAUUGGGUGACGUCCAGUUUCUACGGCUUGGUACAAAACAUAGUUCUUAUGUCACCACGUGUCAAGAAAUUCUUUAGAAUACCAGAAACCCCUUCCCAACUAAAACAUCCAUACAUGCAUAUUUACAAGCGCUUAAGGGAGAAAGUAGAUAAACUGUUUACUUUUGGAACACAAGUGUCAAAGGAGAAGUAGCACGCUUGUUUUGUGAUACAGGUUUUCAGAGAGAGGAAGAGAACCCACCCAUGAAGAAAUAUUACUAUAUGUUGAAAUAGAUACUGGUACAGUGACUGGUGUAAUGUAAGUUGUGAAUGGGCUUAUAUAAGACACAUUUCUUAAUUUGUACACUCAAAUAUUAGAGUGAAUUUCAGUUAAGUUUUUGUUCCUUGUUGUCUUUGACAACAAGGUCAAUCUUUAUUACAGAUGUAUCAUGUGCUUUCCUAUGACAAUCAUGCUAUGGUGAAAUCUUGUUCACAUUUUGAAAGUGGAUGCCCUGCUGGAUAUAGGAAAGCAUGAGUGUGUGUGAUUUAUGACUUGGCAGUUGUCAUAUCUGAAGCUUUGGGUAACCCUGUUAGGGGUCAAACACAUUAAUUAACAAUUUAGAAAGC